UCGUUACCAUGUCUGUUUAUGCUGGCUUGGCUAGCGACCCUGGCAUUGAUUCAAAGUGGAGAGGGGUAAUUGAACGUGCACUGGGAUCAUGGGACUCGGUCGAAGAAUGGGCAGACUAUAUAUCGUUUCUGUCUCGCAUCAAUAAGGCCACCAGGUAUAAGGCAGGCAAAGAUGCAAAGAUGCCCCUGGCACGGCAAAUUGCUGAGCAUCUCGCCCGGUGCCUGGAACCCAGAUUACCCGCUGGUGUCCAUCAAACAGCCCUGGAGGUGUACGAUUCAGUGUUUGUUGCCCUCGGGCCCGACCAGCUCCAUAAGGACAUGAGCAUAUGGCUGCCCGGCUUACUUCCACUGAUGUCCAAUGCAGCAUUUAGCGUCAAGCCUUUGGUGAUUGAGUUGUUCUCCAAGCAUAUUCUUACGUCUCCAAAUCUUCGAGAGCUUUGUAGACCUAUUUUACUCGCCUGCCUUCCGUCUAUCGAGAACGAGAGCAGCGAAUGCUUUCAAGAGAUCAUGGAUCUGCUACAAACACUCCGUGAACGCCUGAAUGAUGAUGUCUUGUUUUGGCAGUGCAUUUUCCUUUGUGCCAUUACAUCCUCAGAGUCUCGCCUAGGGGUUCUCGCCUACUGUCAGCGGGAAUUACCCUCGUUCCAGUCAAAAGGCUCAGAGCAUCAACUGGAUGCAGAUGCUCGUCUUUUAGUGUCGCCAGAGCCUCGAAACUUUUUGGGCGCUCUUAUCCAAGGCCUCAAAGACCCAAACGUACUCGUCCAACGUGGUUUCCUUGAUAUCCUGGCGAGAAACUGUCCUUUGGACAGCCCUCUGUUCGCUACAUGCCCUAAAAAAGAUUUGCAAAUGCUGUUGUAUGAAGCAAGUCACAUAAUUCUCCGACGUGAUAUGUCGUUGAACCGUCGGUUGUGGAGUUGGUUACUGGGUCCAGGACAAGAACACCAUGGGGACAAUGAUCAGAAUCUUCGACGCAUCGACUUUUUCCGAAAAUACGGAGCCAAAACUGUUGUCGAGAUGUUGUUGGAAAAUCUUAAGAGCGACGACGCACAAACUUUGAGUGAGACUCUAGCGGUUGCCCAUGGUAUUCUUGACCGGUGGGAGAUCGGGUCGGUGGUUGUGCCCCAGAUCUUACCAACGGUAUUUGAGGUUUCAAUGAAGAUGCAGAAUGAAGAUGGAGUGCUUCAGGGAUCCAAGCAGUUUUUCAAUGCUGUUGAGUCAAACCAUAUCUGGAAAUGUGCUCUUGAAACGGCCCAGAGCGGGGAUGUCAAGACGCCUUUGUUUAUGGUCAGCACUUUCAAUAUCAAAGAAGAGGAAAUGAUGCUUGUUCACUUGCCAUUAUUUUUGAUGGCUCUGAUAGAUCUGAGGCCUAAAAUCACAGAUCUGGAGGGCUGGAGCGACCUGGUGUUCAAGUUACUUGAAAUAAUCUCGCAGCUGUCGCUGGCUAGGUACGAGCAGGUAUCAACGAAACUGACUGAUGUCAAUGCUAGAAUCUCCCAGUUUUAUGAAGAGUCUGUCAACUUCAGUGAGUCAGAGGAGGAUAUCAAAAUUGAAAGCCCAUUUAACGCCGAGGCAUUGACCGCGUUUGUCGUGGAGUCACUCAUCGAAAACUUCUGUUUUAACCCGAGCGACACGAACGCAGCACUAGUCGAAAAAGUCUUAUCAAAAAUUCCCCAGCUUGAUUCACGCGUUAACAAGCUUGUAGAAACACUCUUAUCCUCUGGCGUAUACAACGCGGAUCUUUUCGUCCGAACACAACCCAUUAUGCAAAGAGUUGAGGUCGUGAAGUACAUCGAAAGCUUUGUCGUACACUGCUUCAAGGCCUUAGUGGAGUCUGGUCCUAGUCUUAUUGAGCUUAUCAGAGAUCUGUCAAUUGUUCAUGAGGCCAGCCCUGAGUAUUUGGUACCCUCUGCCCUUGCCGCUUGCUUUUCGAAAAAGGUCUCUGACCCUGUCGCAUUCUCUAAAGCGUUCUCUGUGUUGUGGAUUCAUUCCGGUGAUCGAUCGGAAUAUGCUUCGUUAUUGACGAAGCCGACAUUGUUGUUUCUUGACCAACUACUAUCUAACGAUAGCAGUAUUGAAUCGAUCGGCAAACUCUACGUCCGCCGCUCUAUUAUUCAAACAGGGACUAUUGAACGGUUGCUACGAUCACUUAUUGAAACUGCAAAGCUACAUGAUAACGACCCGGAGGUUUUUGAGUAUCAUCUUAAGCUUGUUAUACAGCUACUAACCUUCCCUGAAAUCGGUGCCGUUUAUGACUCAAAGUUCUCUUCGGAGUUGGUUCAAUAUCUCCAUCAGUGGGUCGCCAACCAUGCUGAUAAAGCUAACACUGGAGCUUUUGCUUCAGUGUUGUCCCUGGUAAGUACAAGCUAUCUUCAUACGUCACACGAGAUCUCGGCUGCACAGCUUAGAACAUUGACGGAGUUUGCUGUGCUAUUAAUGGGUACACCAAAAGAAAAUCUCAAUCAUGCCAUCAUUUACUUUGUAUCAGACGCACUGGCCUUGCUGCCCUUCGAGAAAAACGUAACGUUCGGAAAUACGGAUUCGUUGGCCUAUCAUGUUUUCGUUUUUCUUCAAACCACAAUUAGCUGGGUGACUUCUGACAUUGACUUUGUCGCCCUGUCAAAACUCCUAGACCAAUUCAUUGCUGUCUUUCAUCCGUUUAUUUCGCAAGUUUUAUUACCCACAACUUCUGAAAUAAUCCAGAGAAUGGUACAACUAGAAAGCCGCCUACUGACAGGCACAUCAUACUCGAUUUCUGAGACUGAGAGUAUCGUACAGUUGAUGGUAUGUUUGGAGAAGAUACUCAUUACGGGAUUACAGCUACUGUAUCCCGCGAGCCAAAUUUCUAAAGAUGAUGGGUCAGACGGCGCUAGCAGCUCAACGUCAAAUUUGAUCGGAAACGUUAUAUCUGGUGUUUUCAGUUUAGAAUCACCGGCAGACCGAUCAACUCAGGAAAGCGGCAGAGUGAUGCUUUUUGAAGCUUUAGAUUUGACAAUGAAAAAAUGCUGCGGUUACUGGUGCUUCUUAGACAGUGUGAGACAGGCCAUCAUGAGGGAGAGUCAAUACAGUUCGACAUUGCAUGCUACUAGCCGAUUAAAGACGCGUUUGAGAAAGCUCACAUCUCUGCUAUACCGGCAACGACCUGUUGAAACCAUAAAGCUUGCGGUGAUUCACUGUGAAACGAAUGUGAUGGCAGUGAGAAUGGUCCAUAACUUCGAAGGCACACUCUACCGAGAAAGCGUUCAAGUUAUCAUUGGUCAAAUCACCGGUCGCAAAGAUCAGAAAACAUCUGAUACGGUUGAUCUACUCGAUGCCAAACUCAGCGAUGAGGAGUUUAUGGAUUUCUUCGUUACGUACAUCAAAUCGCUCGAGGCAGAUGUCGUUGAAGAUAUAUGGCCAUUAUUGCUAGGGUUACUCAACGAUAUCAACUCUAAAAGUGCCCAGCAUAAAGGAAUACUUCUCAAAGCACUCUAUCUGUGUACUGUGAUGAGUGGAUCAUGGUCGGCGGAAAAAAUUUCGCAGAGACGGAAGGCUCAGAAGGAUUUCGGCGAUGUGUUCCAGAAGCUUGUACUCACUGCACUCAAUGACGUGCCAUCUAGUGACCUGGUUCCUGAAAAAUCACGCGAGGUGUUAGGUUUGGCUGAUAUUUUACCUUAUGUUGGCAAAAUUAUUCCUGACCAAGACCGACAGGCGACAGUCUUCACAAAAGUUCUGAACGCGACUGUGGUUCCUGCUUUGAAGAACAAUGAGCUUUCUUCCGUGCCAGCAUCUGUUUUCAACCUUUUAAGCCUGAUCAUCGAGUAUUCUUCCCAAUCAAAGGUCUGGAAGUCAGUAGUGGGUGAUCUCAUGUUUGACUCGAAAUUAUUUACUCUUACAGUUGAGCAAGCAAGCCUGCUGAUGCCUGUGGUGGAUGAAUGGGUUAAAGUUGAUAAGGAGCGGAUUACCGAAUUCCUGUCGCGAAUCGCAAACUAUGGCUCUAACAGUGUACUCUUUGGGUGGACAGGAACAGCGAAGCUCACCAAGGAAAAUCUCAACCGUCUCGCAUACAUUUUGCUAAGUGGCGAGAGUCUUGGAGUGAAUUAUUCAAAGUUGGUCAACCAACUAUCUACCAUGUGGAAUAGUGGAUCGGUAGCUGACGUUUGCACUCUUUUGCGAGCGUGUAUUUUGCGGCAAAAAAAAUCCCAACUAUCGGCAGUUUACAGCUUUCUAUCGUUCAAGUUGCAGGAAUUCUUCUCUGAGCUUUUGCGUGCCCUGGACUCUCAGAAAGUGAAAGAAAAAGAGCUGAGGGAUCCCGUUGCAGUCACCCAGCUACUAGAGGCAUCAAAGCUACUUGACCUUCUGCUGACUCUGAACAGUGAUCAGAUCCAAGUUUACGAGUGGGUCUUCAUCUGUGACAGCACCGAUGCUAUUUACACGAACGACGAGGAACGCAGUGGAGACAUUGUUGAUAAGCUGGCGCUCUCCAAAAAUCUCAAACGGCUAGAUCCAGUUACAGUAUCGGGGAUGGGUGAGACACCACAUGAGAUAGUGCCAGGCCAAAAGCGCCGUCCGUUACUGCACUCAGAAAGUACUGUUCAUGAUCUGCGCUUAUUUUUCAGUCAACUGUCUAUCUCUUUCUAUGAGUAUAUUUACGGACUAACUGCUGUCGAUGAAUCUUACUGCCGGCAGAUGAUUCUCAGCGACUUGUUCGUUUAA